GUCACUAUGCGCUGAUGCUCCGCCACAUGCCCGCAUCACUGUUGGCAAAACAAGCCUCACAUCAGCACUGCAAACACAAACAACAUCUAACCGGCACGAUGGAUGGGCAACAUAAAGACCGCAGAAUGACUCACUUGUGGAUAUUGACGUUACUGAUAAUUGUCUAACCUCAAGCACACGGAUAACUCGGUCUUUUCCAACUUCUUCUUCUGGAUACGGAUUGUGGAGCUGGAUCUUGUCCUUACACGCUUUUGGGGAAAAAAAAAAAAAAAAGGAUUCUAUUUAUUCUGAUCACUUUAUUUUUAUCAUCACAGAAUUUUUUUUAAACAUUUUUUUGGGCUGUCAUCCCUUUGGAAUAGGAGCGUCUUUUGUGGGAGGACAAACUGUUUUUUUAAGGAUACGCACAUAAAACUAAAGGAUGGCCGUUUGGGUCACAUCUGUCCUCGCAAUAGUUAUAACAGUAUCUACUCAGGUUUUCGGGACGGGUGUGUUCGAGAUAGAGCUGCAUCAUUUUCAGAACACGAAAGGUUUGCUGGCAAACGGGCUCAGCUGCAGCACGACUGGCUGCAGGACUUAUUUCAAGGUUUGUUUGAAGAACUUCCAGAAGGAGGUGUCUCCUGGAAACUGCAUAUUUGGCAAGGCCACCACACCUGUUCUGGGCACCGACUCCUUCAGCAUCCAACAAGACUUCAGGCUACGUCUGCCGCUCAACUUCACCUGGCCGGGUGCUUUCUCCUUAGUUAUUGAAGCCUGGUAUUCUCCUACAGCGGAGCAGCCCGGAGAUACCACCAACCCCGACUUCUUGAUUAGUUCUUUUCCCAUCCAAAGACAGUUGGGAAUAGGGCGUGAGUGGUCCCAGGAUGUGCUGAGCGGGACGCAGACGGAGCUAAGGUACUCAUACCGGUUCAUCUGCAAUGAAAAUUACUACGGGGACACUUGUUCCAAAAUAUGCACUCCGAGAGACGACCGUUUUGGCCACUACACCUGCAACCCUGACGGGCAAAUGGCCUGUCUGCCGGGAUGGAAGGGAGAAUACUGCCAAGAACCAAUCUGUCUUGAAGGGUGCAAUAAGAGGAAUGCAAACUGCACAUUACCUGGAGAGUGCAAAUGCAGACAGGGCUGGAAGGGGCUCUUCUGUGAUGUGUGUGAACUCCAUCCAUCCUGUAAACACGGUACCUGUAAAGAGCCCUGGCAGUGCCUCUGCAAAGAAGGCUGGGGGGGCAUCUACUGUGACCAAGACCUGAACUACUGCACCCACCAUAGACCCUGUGCAAACGGGGCUACGUGUUUGAACACAGGCCAGGGCAGCUACACCUGCACCUGCCUGCCAGGCUUCACUGGGGUUAACUGCGACUCGGAGGUCAGGGAAUGUGACAGGCAGACCUGCCACAACGGAGGCCACUGCCUGGACUCUGAGAAUGGGUAUAGGUGUGUAUGUCCAAAAGGAUUCGAAGGACAACACUGUGAACACAGGAUACUCACUUGUGCCGACACACCAUGCUUCCAAGGCGGCAAGUGCAAAGAGAGAGAUAAUGGGCAUAGUUACAUAUGCGAGUGUCCACCAGGAUACACUGGACUUAACUGUGAGAUGAAAGUGGAUAAGUGUACCUCACUGCAGUGCACCAAUGGUGGACAUUGCGUGGCCCGUGGUAACCUCAGAGUAUGCAGCUGUCGCUCAGGCUUCACGGGACUGCGCUGUGAGAUCAACAUCAACGAGUGUGCCACAAACCCAUGUGCAAAUGGCUCCACCUGCAUAGAUCGCAUUAAUGACUACACCUGCACCUGCCCCCUAGGGUAUACAGGCCGCCACUGUGACAAGCCCACAGACCACUGUGCUUCUCAACCCUGCCUCAAUGGAGGGACCUGCACCGUAGGAGCCAAAGGCCAGUCUACCUGCAUCUGCCCUGCCCAUUACAGUGGCCCCCAGUGCCAGUUAAACAGUGGAAAUUCAGCCAACACCCCCAGCCCCCAAAUAGACCAGACCAGUGACAAGCUAGACUUGGUAGCCAUCAGUUUGGGUGUAGGCAUAGUAGUUGUUCUGGUGCUUUUCUGCAUGGCAGCGGUGGUAACACGGCACAUCAAGAAGCGGAAGAAUAAGGAGCAGGACUCGGACACCAUGAACAACCUCUCCAAGGUCGACCUUCAGAAAGAGAACCUCAUCUCGACUCUAGAGCUCAAGAACACCAAUAAAAAGUUUGAUUUGGAGGUGGACUGUCCCAGGGAAAAGUCUAAUCACAAAUACAUCAACCACUACCACCUGGACUAUAAAGCCUCCGCGAGGUACAAGGAUGAACUGUCCCUUGUGGGCAAAGAUGAAAACUGUGAAAAGUCAAUAGAAGACACAAAACAUUUAAGUAGAAUGUACAGUGAGAGACCGGAGUGUAGAAUAUCUACAAUAAGUUCUUCUGGAGAUCCAAUGUACCAGUCUGUCUUUGUAAUAGCAGAGGAAAAAAAUGAAUGCAUCAUCGCAACUGAGGUAUAAUAAAUGGAAUAUAUUGUUCAUCGUCAACAUUGGAUUUCUUGUGGACUGUUUACAAGUGUGGAGAGACUGGGAUUUAUUUAAAUGCAAGUUGCUGCUCUUGAAAACUUGAUAACUGGAUAGAGCUUGUGUGCUCUCUGAAUGCAAUAGGACUAAAGCUACUAAUCUAUGUGCGAAUGUAAAGGCUAAAAAAAAAAAAAAAAAAAAAAAAAGGAAAAAAAAGGGAAAUGAUGAGCAAAUCAGGCUUGUGGAUCCGCCUUCAACGUUUUACGGCUCGCGGCCUCGUCCGCUCUGUUCAGGCUCCCCCGAAGGCAGCAGGCCAAGAUGUGCGUGCCUGCAUGCUGAUUGAAAGAAGAGGGCUAUCCUGAUGGGCUCUCUCCAUCUUAUUGCAGUAAUCAGCAAUCAUACAAAUCAACUUACUGCCAACAGGAAUGUGGACAGAGCCAGCUUUUUCCAAUUCGUUUGACCUGGGAUGCGCUAUGCAAACAAAAGCCAGCAUUGUGCUAAAGAAGAAGAAAAAAAAAAAGAAACUACUGAAAACGGUUCAUUUUUUGAGAGAUGUUUGUAGGGUUAUUGUUUGAAAAUUCAAUCCGUUUUUAUAAAGAAUGUAUUCAGCCUUGAUCACAAAGCCUUACAUCCUUUUUGAGCGAAUUAUUGUGCCCUGCUCAUCUUGAUUUCUUUGCACAACAACAUUGAGGUAACAGUGAAAAGAUCAAAAGAUGCAAUAUGCUAAAGCGCCAUGCAGGGAAACUCAUGAUAAGGCCUUGUUUUACUUUAUGCAAAAUCACCCUUAAAUAAAGACAAAGAAAUACGUGUUGUGACUAUCGUACCAAGGACGCCUUCAAAGGAAAUUACUGAAUCAAUAAUGUUAUUUUGUAAGAUUAGCAUUUCAUUAGUAAUUUAAGUAUAUGAAGCACUGAUUUUUCUCUUUCUAUGUUUUAUAAGAUUAUUUUGUAUAUACUGUAUAUUUAUAUGUUGAGAUUAGAAGUAUGACUUGUACAUCUGUUUUUAAGUCAAUGCCUCGCAAAGGUGAAUAUAUUUUUUAAGUGUUUCUGGUGUUUUAUUUUAUUUUUUUUGCUAUGAAAAGAAACAAGAACUACAUAUCUGGUACACUGUCUGUUUGUCAGUCUUCGUUGGUCGAGUGUACAUCUGGUCAAAUAGAGAUCCUAAAUUAAAUGUUGGAAUCAUC